UUCGAAGAGUCAUUCGUAGGGAUUGGAUGUGGUUCAUCAGCCUUCGUUCCGUGGCUCGGAAAUUCUUCUCUGAUCGUUUUCGACCUCCUACUGCCUUGCAAUUCCCAUCCUCCGACCAUGGCAGCAGCCCGAUCUGCUGCGGCUGCGCCCUAUCCGGCACCUGCUUCACAUCCACCCGCUGGCCAGCCAAAGAGAAAUUUUUUGCCUCGCGUCGCAGGACUCAGCCGCCGAGGUCAGACGCCACUGGCUCGGCCAGUACCCAACAAGAAGGCAUUACCUCAUCCUCAAGAAUCGCCGAGUGCGGCGGUGCUGGGCAGCGCCAAUCCCAGCACCAGUAGCAAUGGGGAGACCGGCGAACUGGUCGCUCAGAUCGGUCAGGCACAUGGCCAGCGCAGGGGGGAGGUGCACCACUCCAGCGACGGAUGCCAAUGCCGAGGUGCCCCGACGGAGCGACGAUUCCUAUCCACACAGAAGCACGAACAGUCGUGCCACCCAUAUCACUGACCUGACCUACGAUGUUCUCAUCAGCGUCAACACACAACACAACAACCACACGUUUACCUGCCAAGUCUGUUCCCGAGUUGAAGAGUGCAGCCCCUAACGAAAUACACGCUCGCCAGGCUGAUCACGCCUCUCAAGCUAUCCAAUUGUACGCGGCUCUGCUGGAAAGGUUUGAGGACCACGCCGCCUGCUUUAAUUUAAUUUAAUAUUAUUGUUACAAACAAGAAAAAAAGUAAUGUAAACAAACCUAUUGAUGGAAUGUAUAAAUGUAUAAAAAUGUUAACCCUAUGUAACCCCAAAAAAAAAAAAAACACCCCAAAAAAAUUGUCUCAGACUUAUGUUGCCAGUUAUGUUUUAUAGAUGUUGCUAAUAAUAACUAGUAAUAAGAUAAACAAUAAAGAGUCAGACGAUCAAUGAUCGCUGCAAAUACACAAUU